AUGGCUUCAUCAGGAUCGAAUCUUAUGGUAUCUUCUAACUAUUCAGUCCCAAUACUGUCUGGGGACAACUAUCAGUACUGGAAAGAAUCAAUAUUGAUUCAUUUGGGCUGUAUGGAUCUAGACCUGGCAUUAAGGAUAGACCAACCCCCUUCUCCUACGGAAGAAAGCACUGCAGAUGAAAAACAGUUGUUUGAGAAGUGGGAUAGGUCUAAUCGCCUUAGUCUAAUGAUCAUAAAGAAAAGCAUUCCAGAAAUCUUUAGGGGCACGAUAUCUGAUGAUAUCAUUACUGCUAAUGAUUUCCUUGUCGAAAUUGAGAAACGCUUUACCAAAAGCGAUAAGGCGGAAAUGAGUACUUUUCUGAAGAGUCUCAUUACUAUGAGGUAUAGCGGCAAAGGAAAUAUAAGGGAAUACAUCCUGAACAUGUCUAAUACUGCUUCUAAGUUGAAAGCACUUAAGUUAGACCUUUCAGAGGACAUGUUAGUCCUAUUGGUUUUGCUCUCACUUCCUACUCAAUACGAUCAGUUUAAAGUCAGUUACAACUGUCAAAAGGAGAAGUGGACUCUUAAUGAGCUCAUCUCUCACUUUGUUGAGGAAGAAGAAAGGAUGAAGCGUAAUAAGACUGAAGAGGUACAUCUGGUGGAUACCUCAAAGGAUGCAGGCGGCAAGAAGAGAAAAUAUAAGGCCGUUAAGGUUGAGACUGCUAAGGCUCAUGUUCCAGCUCCAGCUCCUCGGGCUCGUCCUGAAAAGAUUUGCUUCUUUUGCAAGAAACCUGGACAUGAGAAGAAGAAUUGUACUAAGUUUCACGAUUGGCGCGUGAAGAAGGGUACGUUUCUUACUUUGGUUUGUUCUGAGGUUAAUUUAGCUUCAGUACCUCGAAAUACUUGGUGGUUAGACUCUGGAUCAACUACUAACAUCAGUGUUUCAAUGCAGGGUUGCCUGAGCUACCGAAACCCAACUGAUGCUGAAAGACGCAUUUACUUUGGAAAUGGGGAUUCAGUAGAGGUGGAAGCCGUGGGCAUUUUCAAGCUGUUGUUGAGUCAUAUUUCAAGAAACAGAGUUGAAAGACUCAUUAAGGAUGAAAUCCUUGAUUCCAUAAAUUUUUCAGACUUUGACGUUUGUGUCGAUUGCAUUAAGGGUAAACAAACCAAGGUUAAAAGGAUAGGUGCUUAUCGAGCUACGGAUGUCUUAGAAUUGAUACAUACAGACAUUUGUGGGCCUUUUUCCACUCCUUCGUGGAACGGUCAACAAUAUUUUGUGUCAUUCAUAAACGAUAAUUCUCGAUAUGGUCAUCUAUACCUUAUUAAGGAAAAAUCUGAGGCACUGGACAUGUUCAAAGCAUUUAAGGCUGAAGUUGAAAAUCAACUAAGCAAACGCAUUAAGACUGUCAGAUCUGACCGUGGAGGAGAAUAUUAUGGCAGAAAUGAUGGCUCGGUGAACAACGUCCAGGAUAUGGUUCGAAGUAUGAUUAGUCAAUCUACUUUGCCACCAUCAUUAUGGGGAGAAGCAUUAAAGACAGAAGUCUACAUCCUUAAUCGAGUGCCAACUAAGGCGACUGCCAAAACACCCUAUGAACUCUGGAUUGGGCACAAGCCUAGCUUAAAUCAUCUUAGGGUGUGGGGUUGUCGAGCUGAGGCGAAGGCCUAUAGGCCAAAUGAACCAAAGCUAGCACCUCGUACAGUAAACAAUUAUUUUAUUGGCUACUCGGAACGGUCAAGGGGGUAUAAAUUUUAUGAUCCCACAUCAAGAACUAUUUUUGAGACGGCUACUGCCAAGUUCUUUGAGGAUGUUGAGUUUAGGGGGAGAAAUACAAUUUUAGACUUUACUUUUAAGGAUCAAGAAAUCACUGAUGUGAUUGAUCAAACACCUCAUGAGUUAGCAGUCAUUCCAGCUCCCAUAGAGUUUCAAAGUGCGACUGAGGAACCCGUUCGUAUAGAACAGGAACCUAUGCCUAUGGAACAAACUCAAGAAACUCAAGAAUAUACAGUUCAAGAGCCAACGUAA